GUUAACUAAGUCGUGAGUUUUUAGGAAUUUUAAUGGUGAAUAAUGUCUAACUUUUGUCAUGUAAUAACUAGUUGAAGCAUUAAUUAAAAAUUUUACAGUGUUUCUUACUGUUGUAAGCACAGUUGACUGAUGUAAACUAAUUGUUAAUGUUACCUUUAUUUAAAAUAUUUUGUUACAUAUACAGAUAUGCCUAACAACGUGACUUAAGUUUGAACAGAAAUAACAUUAUAAAGAAAAAAUAUUUAUUUCAGCUGCUGACAGCAUGUUUUAUACUGUACUAUUCCACAAUAGUACAAUUUAUUACUUAUUUUAUUAUCUACAUUAUUUCAUGCAUUUAUAAGUUUAAAAAAAAACUUUAGUUUUAAACACUGGCUGUAUUUGGAAUGGCAUACAACUAUACUGCAUACUGCACUAGUAUGUACUGCAUACUACACACUGCUCAGUAUGUAGUAUUCGGUACUCCAACAAUUUUGAUUGUAGUACCCUACACGCUCCCGUGACACACCAGUCAAAGCUCUGUCAGCACCCCCCCCCCCUCCGCCCAACCCAAAAUCAUCGACAAUCGCGUUGUUUCACUGUAAACAUUGUCAUCUGCCCAUUGAGGAGACAUCGCCCAACCCUAAUUACUGUCAUUGUUUAAGAUGCAUGAAAUAUUUUAUAAUUUAGUGUAAAGGAAAAGGCUUCGGACAUCAUUGGUCACAUGAUCAAUGUAGAACGAAUCAAGCUUCGGCACCGUGAUUCAAACCACUGCAUGUUGUUUUUUCGGCACACGUUUCUUUAUUUCUUUCUUUCUUUAAGUUCUCAGUUUCUAGUGAGACCAGAACAGAAUUAAGAGUGUCUGAACAGUGGGAAGUCCUCAUAAAGGCACUAAACAGGUGGCUGGAAGACCACCAGCGCCCCCCUUUUUAUGGAAAUAUGAAGAUGUCCCUGUAGUUUUAUCUGUAUAGUUUAACUCAGAGACUGUAAAAAAAGAUGGAAGCCGUGUCUCCGUUCCCAUUCAUUCAAUGAAAAUGAAGCCAAAAUCUUCCGCCAUGUUGGCGAUCCUGACACCCGAUUCUGCGCAAUAGUGACCAGAGGAGGGAGAAAGACUGUGGAUAGCAACCUACUCAUUUGAAUAACCCCGCCCCUGAGGGCUGCCUCGCGGUCACAGACUGCAGAGCGGGGCGGAGCGGAGCUGUCGGUCUGUUAUUGGUCCCGCCCAUAACCAGCCCUUUUACAAUAACCACACCUUUUUUGAAUAGAGCUGAAUAACGUUUUAAAAAACGAGUUCUGUGGGGAUAUAAAAUUUUGACAAUAUAAGCAGAGGUUACUGUUGCAUUUAAAUAAUGGAGGUAGAAUAGGCUCAGCAUCAGCAGCAGUGACAUAUUUCCGCUUUGGUUUAUACCGGCACUCUUACUUCCUGUUUGCAUUUUUAGCAGCGAGUACUACAGGAUAUGUGGAGUUUAUAGCGAACGCAAAUGCAAUAUUAUAUCGGAAGGUAGCCUGUGCUCCUACAUGGGGAUCUGCCCUAUUUUAUCCCUAUUCUGAAAGCAGCGUGAGAUGCAUGCUUUAUGAUGAAUUUCACCAGAUCAGCGCUCCAGCGCUCAGAUAAAUACAUGGUGUCUCUACAAAUGUAAGUAAUUUUCUCCUGUAUUCCCACUCACCGCUGCAUGUGUUUAUCAGACUAGUAUGUUUUAGACUCUUUUAAGUUGUUUUCCAGUGUUGUUUUUGCCUGUACGUUAUGUAAUGUAAGACCUGACCGGGUGAAGCUACCAUUAGCUCAUCGCGCUAAUUUACCGGGUAAGCUAACACGCAUCUAGCCGACUUACAGAGUACCAAACGCGGCUGCAGUGCUGAAGAAACCCCGCUAGGAAACUAAGAUAACCCGGCCGUCCAGUAUUACAAAACCUUUAACUGUUUUAAGUCACUGUUAGGUAUAAGUUAUUUAAUGUGUAAAUAGUUUAACUGUUAGACUGAGUAACUGUGAUUUAAUGUGUAAAUAGUGGAAUUAAGCGCUGUUAGCUCUGUUUCUAAUUCAGAUUAUUUUGUUCACAGUGAUGAACACGGGCCAGGAAAGAUGAACUCCGGUCAGACCUCCUUUUAUGUAAAUGAAAAUAUUCUCCUGGAAUUCACCACCAACAACCAGGAUAUUUAUCAAAAGAUCAAAGUUAAACUGCUGAAAGAGGGGAAGCACAAGCCAUCAUGAAGAAUCUGGAGAACACACAAAAAUAGUUUGCUACAUUUAAUAGACAAAUAAAGCCAAGUCCCGACAUGGAGAAACAUCAGCACUCUGUCAAGAGUUUUACUAAACAGAGUACUCUCAAAAAUCACCAGCGCAUUCACACAGGAGAGAAACCGUAUCACUGCUCAGACUGUGGAAAGAGUUUUAAUCGACAGAGUCAUCUCCAACAACACCAGCGCAUUCACACAGGAGAGAAACCGUAUCACUGCUCAGACUGUGGGGGGAGUUUUAAUCGACAGAGUCAUCUCCAACAACACCAGCGCAUUCACACAGGAGAGAAACCGUAUCACUGCUCAGACUGUGGGAAGAAUUUUAAUCAACAGAGUACUCUCAAAACACAUCAGCGCAUUCACACAGGAGAGAAACCGUAUCACUGCUCAGACUGUGGGAAGAGUUUUACUACCCAGAGUGAACUUAAACAACACCAGCGCAUUCACACAGGAGAGAAACCGUACCACUGCUCAGACUGUGGGAACAGUUUUAAUCAACAGGGUCAUCUCAAACUGCACCAGCGCAUUCACACAGGAGAGAAACCGUAUCACUGCUCAGACUGUGGGAAGAGUUUUACUACCCAGAGUGAACUUAAACGACACCAGCGCAUUCACACAGGAGAGAAACCGUAUUACUGCUCAGACUGUGGGAAGAGUUUUAAUCAACAGAGUACUCUCAAAAACCACCAGCGCAUUCACACAGGAGAGAAACCAUAUUACUGCUCAGACUGUGGGAAGAGUUUUAAUCAACAGAGUACUCUCAAAACACACCAGCGCAUUCACACAGGAGAGAAACCGUAUCGUUGCUCAGACUGUGGGAGGAGUUUUACAGCACAGAGUGAUCUCAAAAAACACCAGCGCAUUCACACAGGAGAGAAACCGUAUCACUGCUCAGACUGUGGGAAGAGUUUUACUGAACAGAGUAAUCUCAAAAACCAUCAGCGCAUUCACACUGGAGUAAAACCAUAUUACUGCUCAGACUGUGGGAAGAUUUUUACUACACAGAGUAAUCUCAAAAAUCACCAGCGCAUUCACACAGAAGAGAAACCGUAUCACUGUUCAGAUUGUGAGAAGAGUUUUGCUACACAGAGUCAACUUUAAAAUCAUCAGCGCAUUCACACAGGAGAGAAAACUGUCCCAAAUUUGUUCCACGGCAAUAAAAAGCGCAAAUCGUAAAUCUUUCAGACAGAACACCUUAUCCUACACAAAUGUUUCACUUUGUCACUUGGGACACGUUCCACCAGAAACAAACAUGAACUGAAUUUAACAACGGAUUUUACAUAUUCAGCAAAAUGAAUCUGAUCCAGAUGAUGUUUAUUGAAAUUAAUGUUAUGUUUUCUCGUAUGUUUGAUAUUCCAGGACAUUCACUCGUUGAUGUACUUUUACUCUUUUCUAAUAUAUAUUUAUAUAUACAUAUAUGUAAUGCUGAAACUAUUUUACCAGUAAACUUUCAUACAUUUUAAAUUCUAA